GCAUCAGCACCACGGAAUUACGAGCAAUCUGUGUCUGCUUCUGAAACGGAGAAGAGUAUCGGUUUCAAACCUGCAGGGCGAAAUCUAGACAAGGCAACACGGAUUUCAGUGUUGAAAGGGGAAGUUGGAAGGCAAAUAACAGGUGCGCAAACAAUCCACAGCUGUUGCUGUGUCAUUUUGGACACCAUGGACGCGCUAAUAAAGGGGUUCUCGAAAGCCAAGGAUGGGGUCGUGGCUGCAGCGGAGAAGACGAAGCAGGGAGUAACUGGGGCGGCAGAGAUGACAAAAGGUGGCGUUAUCUUUGUCGGCAACAAAACAAAGGAUGGAGUCACAACAGUUGCAGGUAAAACAGUGUCUGGCGUUUCCCAGGUGGGCGGAGCCAUGGUAACAGGUGUGACAGCAGUGGCUCACAGGACUGUGGAGGGGGCGGGGAAUAUUGCUGCUGCGACUGGAUUGGUCAAGAAAGACACAGCCAAACAGGAUGAAGAUGCUAUGUCUAAAGACUCACCUAUCAAGGAGUCACCAGUGGACCCAGAGGGUGGUGAUACUGCUGCAGAGGAGGAUUCUGAUGGCUAUUAGAAGUACAGCACUGUCAAGUGCCUCAUCUCAGAACAAUCCAGAACUACUGUAACAAUCCAGAAUCAACUAUCAAAACAUUCCAUGUCACCCUGCCAAGUCCAGUUGUGCCUCGUUGUGUUCCUUAAUGGAGUCUGUACCAUGUGUGUGUGUAUGACUCUGUGUGUGUAUCUAUUAGUGUGUGUGAUGUGUGUAUGGGUGUGUCUUAAUGCUUAGUGGGUGUACGCCAGUGUGUGUGUGUGUGGGUCAGUGUGUGUCCUGGAGUCUCCGUCAGUCAGUCCUGAGUGGGGUCUAUAUGCCCAUCUUCAGUAACUCCAUCCCACUAAGGCAGCCACCUGGACACAGAAGGGACUACCUUUAUGUUCUGUCUAUCUGUCUGUGGACUUUGAAGUAAAUACAAAUACUGUUUACAGGACGGUGUCCGCCCACUCUGCUCCGAGGGUGGGAAAACGCAUAUUUUUUUGGUGAUGACAUGUCACUUCCUUAUGUUAUAAAAUAAAUUAAACCAAGACAAAUAUGAUUCAUGUUCUGAAUUGUUCAGUGGAGCCUUUCUCUAGCAUAUCACUUAUGAUAUCCAAGAAGUCGGAUUUCCUAACCUAAUACAGCCAAUAAUAAGCACCACACUCUGUUGAC